AUGGAAGUCGGAAAAAAUCCACAAAUGGCUGUGAUUAUCGAGUCAAUUAUCAAGAGCAUGGGCAUCGAGGACUACGACCCAUCUGUGAUCCAGCAGCUGCUGGAAUUUGUCUACCGAAACGCGACGGGAGUGAUCGAGGAUGGAAAAGUCUUCGCAAAACACGCUAAUAAAAAAUUCUUGGAUGGUUCUGACAUCAGUCUCGCGUUAAAUAUGAAAUCCGAAGUGUGUGACGUGAGGGUCGGUCCGAUGACGACCUCCUCUUUGAAGGAGCUGGCCAGAGUUCACAACAGCGUCCCUCUGGAAUUCGUCAAGCCAAAGGACGGAUUGCGGCUACCAGCGGAUCGUUACUGUUCUACUGCGGUUAAUUAUAAAUUAAAGCCUGGAAUCAGUGGGCAGCUUCCGCAAACUGUCAACAGAAGCGCGGGUAAAAGUUUGGGAGUCAGUGGAAAAUCUGGGGUUGGAGCUAAACCUGUGAGUGCCAGAAGACCGACAGUUCAGAAGAAUCCUUCGGCGAUGACUUUUAAGCCGGUUAUUAAAUUUUCUAGUGCUAGUUCUGUUAAUAGUGAGGUUAAGAGCGCGGGAGUGGGAGCUGGUAAAUCUCAAAUUGAUGAUGGAGUCAUUGUUAAAGCAGAGGCGCCAUCUGUUGACAUGGAAGUUGAACGCAGCGCCAAAAGAAAGCGCGGGAUUGAUGAUCAUGAUUAUGAUUUGGAACAUUUGUUAAAUUAA